GGAAUCGUUGUGAUUUUCCAGAAAUAAAACAUGGAAGUCUAUACUAUGAAUCUUACUAUAGACGAGACUUUCCAGUAUCUGUAGGGAGCAGAUAUUACUAUUCGUGUCAUCGCAAUUUUGUGACUGUUUCAAAACAGCACUGGGAAUAUAUUUAUUGCACACGAGAAGGAUGGUCACCAGCAGUACCAUGCCGCAGACAAUGUAUUUUUGAUCGUUUGCAAAAUGGAGAGUCUCCAAAUCGAGUAGUGGAACAUUUACAAGGUGAAUCUGUAAAUGUUACCUGCAAUUCUGGUUACAGUCUUGAAAAUGGGCAGACUGUAAUGACCUGUACAGAGGAUGGCUGGUUCCCACCACCUCAAUGCAUUCCUCUAG